AUGUCUGGUUUUGACUAUUGUGACAACUUGGUUCAGGAGUAUAGGGAGAAAUUUGAAAACGGAGGACCGAAACCAUUACCAUGUCCCGUGAGGGAGGAAAAGGAAGUAAUGCCUGUGAACGACAUGUUGGAUAAUUUGCCCUCAAGAAUCUUGUAUAAGAAAUUCGAGAAUAAGGAGGGGAAGGAUAAGUGCGACACUGGGAAGGUGAAUGAUGGGAGGGCGCAUUUGAAAUCCACAUUGGGGGACUAUAACUGUGUGGGUGAUUGCAUAGAAAAGGUUAUGUCCGCAUGGUGUUAUAUAAAUGGAAAUGUGAAUGAGAAUAAUAGCCUUUCGUAUGAUGAGUUCCAUAAUCUUUUCUAUUCAUGGUUAGGGGAGGAAUUGCGGAUGCGCAUAGCAGGCGAGAGUAGUCGAUUUGAGAAUAUUGCGAAGAAUGUCCAUGGUGCACUGGAGAGAAUGCAUGAUGGUAAGGAGUGUGAGGACAUGUGCAAGGACAUAUACCUAAAAAAGAAGCAGGAGGAUGAUGACGGCACUUUCGAACACAUUAAAUUAUUAGCUGAAUACUUCACAGACUCCAAAAAGUUGAAAGAGCAAUUAGGAAAUGAUAGUACUGAGAAGAAAUGUGAAGAGGCCUAUGAUGACCACCUAAAACAAAUUAAAAAUGCAUGUAAAGCUAUAGGAGGGAAAUGUUCCAAUGGUAGUAGGAGUGAAGAAUAUUGUAAAUGGUUUCAUAAGCACAAUAAGAUAAAUGAGGAAAGUGGUGACAAAAAAUACUGUGAUCAAACAGAAUUGGACAAAUUAACAUGCACACCAGUGAAGUGGGUCAAGUCCUCCGCUUCUUCUGGUUACGGAUAUUCCACGGGAAACCAGAACACUGGAAGUCCCAGACCAAGUUCGGUUUCAUCUUCUGCAAGAGACGCUUCUGCUGGUGGUAGUGGUGGUGGUGUAGGUGGCAUGGUUGGUGGUGGAUUAGUUUCUGUAGCCUUACCAACCAUCGGUUUCUUUUUAUACAAAUAUACUGAUGUAUUUGAUGGAAUAAAAAAAUCCCUCUUUGGUGGACUCAAUAAUAGAAAUAGGGGAAGAAGAUCUAUUGGUCGACGACAACACUUUGACGACACUUUCACAGAGAAUGAUUCUUCUACACUAGGACACGACGGUUCCACCCUAGGAGAUGGUUCCACCACCCUCGGUGGGGAAUCGUCCACUUUAGGUGGUAGCUCCACCGAUAUUUCUACCAUCUAUAAUGAUGAUGAUGAUGGAGAACGACGACGUCGACCAUCACCACCCAGAAGAACACGGGUAACAAAUAAUAGAAGACCAGAGAAUAUACGUUAUUAUGCCACGUAA